CGAGGCGCUUCCGGCGGGGACCGGAAAGGACGGGUGUCAGCGAACGCUCCGGGGCGGGAGGGCCGUGUCAGCGGGGCCGCGGCGGGAGGCGGCGGCAGGCAGCGGAGAGCACCGGCACCGGCAGUUGAAAAAUGAUUUCUGAAAGCAGCUCCUUCGUGAAGGGCGUGGUGCUCGGAGGAGCCUUCUGCAUGUUGGUGACGCUCCUCGGACACAUUAAGGUGGGCCACGGGACUAAAGCGCAUCACCAUGAGCACCAUCACAUCCAGGCUCCCAACAAAGAAGAUGUCUUAAACCUUUCAGAAGGCGAACGUGCAGAGCUUAGUACGAGUAUCCGCAUUUAUUGUAUCAUCCUUGUGAAGCCAAAAGAUCUGGGGCACUGGGCUGCAGUGAAAGAAACGUGGAGCAAGCACUGUGACAGGGCGGAAUUCUACAGCUCCGAAAACGUCAAAGUGUUCGAUUCUGUACCCCUCAACACAAAUGAUAUGUGGGCGAUGAUGAGAAAAGCUUACAAGAUAACUUACGAACACUAUAAAGAUGAAUUCAACUGGUUUUUCCUUGCAUAUCCAAAAACAUUUGCUAUUAUUGAAAAUCUCAAGUAUUUCUUACUGAAAAAAGAUCCUUCGCAGCCUUUUUAUAUUGGCCAUACUGUGAAAUCUGGUGACCUUGAGUACGUAAAUGGGGAGGGAGGAAUAGUGUUAAGCAUUGAAUCACUAAGACGAUUCUCCCACAUUCUAGAAGACUCUGACAAGUGUCCGGAGCAGGGAGGUAUGAUUUGGAAACUUGCUGAGGAUAAACAGCUCGCAAUCUGCCUGAAGUAUACCGGAGUGUUUGCUGAAAAUGCAGAAGAUUCAGAAGGAAAAGACAUCUUUAACACUAAGUCUGUCGGUACGCUCAUUAAGGAAGCAAUGUCCAGUCACCCUCAGCAGGUGGUGGAUGGCUGCUGCUCGGACAUGGCAGUCACAUUCAGUGGGCUGGCCCCCAACCAAAUGCACGUGAUGAUGUAUGGCGUUUACAGGCUGAGACCCUACGGCCACACGUACAACGAUGCACUUGUCUUUCUUCCGCCUCCAGGUUCAGACAAUGACUGAGAUCUCUUGACAAAGGGCCUGGAACUGUGAAGUUUGCUUUUCUCAUGGCAAGCAUUUGUACUGACAGAUUUGGGGUUUGUACCUGGUGUCACUGGUGUACAAUUUUUUUUUGCACGUUGAGGUUCAGACUUUAAAAAUGGAAGGAGAACUUUUUUCUAGAUCUUUUAUACAGAAACACCUCUGGCUUUUGACAGUGCUGGAAUGAAAUGAUGAAGUUGUUAAUGUUUAUCAUAAAAGGAAACAAAGUUUAUAUGGGGGGGUUGUAUGUGUAUAUAUUUAUUAAUGAAAAUGCAAAUGAACUUUAGUCUACUGUUAAAAAUAUAUUUUUGCAGAUUUUUAUUCUUUCAACUCUUCGAGGCAUUUCUAGAAUGUCUUUAUAUCUUUCUAAGAGGUACCAAUAAAACUGACUACAGACUCGGUCUCAGACUAACUUUAGGCUAUUUCCUUUACUCUGAACUAGACAAGUUUGAGCCGUGCUCUUUAUGCUGUGCCUGUCCCUGUAUGUGCAGCCUCCUGGUGCAUUAAGGGGUUAGCAGGAAGCAAGAUCACAAGCGAGAUCUGUUAGGAAGUUGCAGCUUGGGUGACCUUUGGACUGCUGUUCUUAAGCAGACGAAAGAGUAUUUGAAUAAGUAUUAACACGGUCAGGGGGCCUGUUAGCACAAGAGUAAUUGCCCUUUUUAAAUCUCACUUCAUAUAGAAGUGUAUUAGAAUAAAGGUUCUGUAUUAUUCUCACUCCUGUUAGCGGUGCCAAGAAAUCACCAAGAGAUCACCAAGAAAUUGGUGAUCUGUCAGUACAGAUGUAGCAUAGAUGCAUUUACAGCUAUUUUUAACACCAAGAUGCAGAAAGAGCAACACCUGCUUGCACUUCCAACUUUCUUUUCGGUAUUACUCAAAACGGGUUAUGUACACAACAAAGAGAGAUGCAGAGCUCUCCCGUCCUGGCUGGCGGGAUUGUGUGGUGAGGUUUGGCUUUGUUGGUGUUUGUUUGUUGGGUUUUUUACAGUGGGAUGCACUUGAAGGCAGUAUUAUACAAGUUACAAGGCCACACUCCCUUCCACGCAAAGCAAGAGGGAAUAAGCAGCCCUUUAAUGAUUUGCUUCAUUUAGAAUUCACUGACCGACAUGGAUGUUUCAAGAGAUGAGGCAGGUACUGCCUCUAGGACAGCCACAGGCUUUGCUGCAGUACCCAUAAAAGACCUGAGAAGACACCACAUUCCCUGGCCUUUCUUCAACAGACCAUUUGUCAUUACUCAUCCUCUGCUGAGCUGCAAAGGGACAGACAGGGAAGUGGAAGAGCUGCUUCAGUGCUAAUGAAAAUACCCACACCUUUUUUGUCAUUAUUUUUGACAAGAACAGCUUAGCGCUCUGCUCAGAGCUCCACGCAGCUGCCACGGCUCAGCUGUUCAGGAAGGUGCACAGUGUCUCACCUGUUGCACAUCUCCGUAUCAGUCAGAACUCAGCUGACACAGCAGAGCAAACACAUAUCUGACUGCUGCCAAAACACUGGUUAACACUUCAGUUAGUAUUUUUGACUACUUUUAGCUAAAUUGGUAUAGAUUAAUUUAAGCAUGAUUUAAUUUCUUACAGGAUCGUUUUUAGAAGCUUAGAAUACUCUGACAGAGCCAGACAAAGCAAGGAAAACUUUGAUUUCAUCAGUGUCUGAUAUUAAAAACAGUUCUGGCCCCACUGCAACACUAGCAACAGGGCAAGUCCAGGAACUGGAACGAGAGUUAACAAUUCAAGCCAGAAUAAAUCUCACGCCUCACAGAUUUGAGAGGUACAGAGUAACACAACGGGAGGCAAAACAAAAGGGAAAAAAGCAAUCAUCAAAGUCAACU